AACAACAGAGUUGAACACUUCCUGUUCAGUGCUAGAGCAGAGCAAACUCAUACAAAAUAGCAGCGACUGAAUAUUUCCAUAAAUUUUAGUUACAAAUAUUUUACGACAUGGAUAUCGCAAAGGACAAGCAGAGCGAUGAGCUACUGAAGCGCAUACACAAUGAACUGACGGCCAUUCUGGCGGAAGAGGCGAAAGAUCCAGAGCGAAAGUUGUCUUAUGAAACACUAUUGAAGCCCAAUCCGCUGCCCAUCUUUGGUCCCGGAAGACAGGCAAAUGGCAAGCCAAAGAAGUCCGUGACAUUCCCCCCACAGCCGGCACACAAGCGGGAUGACAGUACAAAGGCAGCAGAGGCACGUCUAGCUGGUGGGGAUGCCCAGAGAAAGAAGUCGGAUCCAGCGACAUCAUCCUCUUCUGCGUCGCUUAAGGCUGCCCUGGACGGUGGCAAGUGGGAUGUCCCGCCCACGGAUCGCACUCUUCGAACCGAGUUCAUGGACUCGUCAGCUGUCAAGAGCAUCGACGGAGACCUGCAGAAGAUGCAGGUAGAGCUGAAGCAGAGCUACGAGCUGUUCCAGGGCAUAGGCGAGAAAUUCGAGUCAAUCAACUUCAGCGGCCUCAAGAGCCGCAUACGCGACCUGCACCUGAACAGCUCCACCAACGAGGUGGGCAAGGUGGCCACCGAUGAGUUGCACAAGAUGUUCGAGGCCCACUACGUGAAGAAUAAUCUGGACAAACUGACCACGGACGUGAGCGAGGGCUUCCGCCGUCACCCCGGGGAGUUUGGGGACAUUCCGGAGCUGAGUACGUUCUUCCAGGCCUGCACGCAGCUGGAGCACGGCUUGGACGCACUGAAACAGCAGCGGCGGCGCAGCAAUGAACUGGAGAAGCGCCUCUGCUGGGCCACAGAGAUUGCCUACGAUCGCAUGGACGAGAUACGCAAUGCGGUUGGCAACAAGCCGGAAUCCAAUUUUUAAACUCCAUUCUACUCAUUACACGUUGACCCCUGCGACAUAAGCCAACUAUCGUUUUGAACAAUGUUCCUUUUGGGUCUUUAUUUUAUCAAAUAAAAAUAAAAUUCUUA